UAACAACAUGUCUAAUCAUGCCAAUCAAACAUAACAGAAUUUAACUAAUCCACAUUAAGAACCCAAGUAAUUUCCUAAUAAUAAAUAGUCUCAGGAAUCGCAUCAGAUCGAAAAAAUUGUUCAUGUCUACAAUUAUUAAAUUCUUCUUUGCCGUACUGAUAUUUUUACUGCUCAGUCUCCAGAUCUAAUAUCACCUGGAUGUUAUUUCCAUUUUUGUGCUUUUUUUAGCGUACCAUCUCAUUGAUUUUUUGAAUGCCUUUUACUAUCAUUUGAAAAUGAAAAAAUUGUAGAUACGAUUGUAAACAUUCUUAAUUUAUACAGCAAGAAGAAAAAGUUAUUGUGCUAUCUUGGAGCCACAAUAUUUGAUUUCUUUUAUUUAAUAUGCUUAUUGCUGCUAACAAAAGUGGGUUACCAAUAUUUUGUUUACAGUAAUGUAUUUUUAGUAAUUGCGAUUCUAAUGAACUUUUACUCCCUCUAUCAGGAUAGAGCUUAAUUGGAGUCACUCAAAAUGUUAAAUAAAUUAUCCUUAUUGAUCAGGAUUUACGUAGCAAUAUGUUCACUAUUUAUAACUUUGAAAAUUGAUAAUAUCAUAAUUUGGAAUUGGACUCCAACAUUAUGGGGUGUUUGGGUCGGUUUAAUUUGUUUUAUUGGCAUAAGUGCAGGCUCUCUAAUAGUCACAUUUAGCAAGAUAAUAUAAUAUCUGUUUGACAGAUAAAAUCUAUAGAGAUCAGAAUGUAUUGCUAUAACAAUUAUUAGUAAUUUCCUACAUCUGGUUAACUCAACUGUUCAUAUUUGGGAGUGUUUCCAUAUCAUUAAGUUCUUUUGGUUAUUUAGAGUAUUUAGAAAAUCAAGCAAAUUAUUCUCACAAUUUCGUUGUGCAACAAUAUUUCAUAAUUGCUGAGUUCUUCAUUAUUUUCAUUUAUUCCAUAUAUUUUCGUAUUGAUAUCUGCGAAUAAAUAUACAUAACUCUCUAAGAUGAUGAACCAGUCAACUAAUAAUAAUUUUCUGUUAAUAUGCAAGGAAGCAAUCAAACUUUGUAAUAAAUCAAUCCAACAUCCUCGAGAACUUAGAUUCCUUAAGUUGUGUAAAAGAUAUCCAAAACAUAUUUUGGAAUUCCCACUAGAGUCAAGAAGGAAGGUGAUUAAGAUUCAAUCAGUGGUUCUCCUGUACUAAAGAAACCAUCUAAAGGACAUAAACGAGCAUUUUCUAGUCAAGGAGUAGCUUCUUAGAUGUUUUAAGAAAUGGAUUAAAUUGUUAUUGAUAAGUAACAGUCUAAUACAUAAAAUAAAAAUCCUAAUAAUGAAGCAAAACUUUAAAUUGAUAAAAAGAGAUGUAAUUCUCAAUUAGUAACAGUAAGUUAUAAUAAUAUUGUCUUAGAUUGGCCAUGAGGAAAGCAUUUAAAAUAAGAAUCAAGAAAUGAGUUUGAGUCAAACCAGCAACAUCUGUAUUGUGUGUUACGAAAGAGGGCCUAACGCAGUUUUUAUGAAUUGUGGUCAUGGAGGUACAUGUUAUCAAUGUGCUGUUGACAUUUGGAAAUAGAAAAUGCUUUGCUAUUUAUGCAGAAAUGUAAUUAUAAAUAUUAAUAAUAAAUUAGAAAAUUGAAUACAUUUUGAAGGUUGAUUUGGAAGACAGAUAUGGAGAUUUAUUUAAAGUUGUUUCUACUACUUAAAUGAUAGAUUAAUUUAAUAAAUGA